AUCGAUUUCUUACCAAAGAAACUCUUUCACUCUUCUGAUCAGUUUGUUUCCCCGCAUCUUGUUGUGUAGGAGACGCGUGUAAGGGACCAGUAAACACUUUCGUCUUUGCACAACAAUUCUCUACCAUCAGCUUAAAACUUUGACUUUCCAUUCAACAUUUGAAGGAGAAUGUUGUAUGGUUUGUCCUGUAACUCGUAUUCAUGAUUCGUGAAACGAUGGAUAUAUGACUUGGAUGAAAGAUUAUUGGAAAUGUUGUAAAGUUGUUGACAAAUUUCAUUUAUGACCGGCAGGUGCAUACGAUGUGCAAGUGAAUAUAAUGGAAUAUGGGCAAAAUGACUACGUGUAUAAUUCGGAGAAACAGCGUAUGAGUGUUGGCCUUGGGGUACCCCCUGGUGAUGACAUGGUCGGAGUCGAGACAAAGGCGUUACCUCCAUCACCUAGGAGUCCAAUGGCCACCCCCUUCCAAGAACCUCCUAAGCGGGCAACCUAUGGUAGCGUUCUCAAUGACUUCGCCGACUCAACCACGGCCCAUGGGUUACCACGCGUCAUCAGCGAAGGCAAAUGGUACUGGAAGAUCUUCUGGUUCCUAGUCUUCUCCGGUGCGACUUACGUCUUCUGCCGGCAGGCCUGGGAUAUCCUUACGGACUAUAGAAGCAACCCCGUCAAUACCAACAUCAAGAUCCAGACCAGGACUUACGUGGACUUCCCGGCCGUCACGGUUUGUAAUAUGAACCGCAUGCGCCGCUCCAAGAUGGUCGGGACCAGGUUCGAAGGGCUGAUAGAAAUUGAUGGAGGUUUCGACGACGACGGCGACUCCGCCUAUUCAUGGUGGUUUGAUUUCUCUUCCGACUUUUGGAACGAGUAUUACUCCUCUGGCUACUCCUGGGGAGCUGGGGGAGGAGGAGGAGGAAGUCUUGGAAGUUCGGGUGGAGGAAGCCUUGGAGGUUCGGGAGGAGGCAUGGGCAGCCGAAAGAAGCGGGCUAUGCCUUACGACAACCUCUUCCAAGAUUUCGAAUCUGUCCCUGACGACACGACCGAUGAGGAAACCGUGAUUGAGCCAAACCCCCAGUAUAAAGGCGCUCGUCGAUUUAUCCACGGAGAGCGCGUGGCUCGUGGGGCCUCUUCGUCGAGUAGCAGUUAUGGCGGUGGUGGUGGUGGAGGCAGUAGCAGCUAUGGCGGUGGUGGUGGUGGAGGCAGUAGCAGUUAUGGAGGUGGAGGCGGCGGUUAUGGCGGCAGUAGCAGUUGGGGUGGUGGAGGGGGCGGAGGCGGCUGGAGUUCUUCCUACGCGUGGGGCACUAGCUCGUCUUGGGGGUGGGGCGGAGGCUACGCCUCCAGCACAUAUUGGAACUCGUGGUUUGAUGACUGGGACAGUUGGGGCAGUGAGCUUUGGGGCAGCUUCCAGUUCGAGUUUGACGACUAUUACGCUUGGGAGGAUCUGGUUGACGGUGAAAGUGAUUGGCAGGGAUUCUAUGAUAACUCCAGGAGUGAGGAUUUCAGUGAUAUCAUCGAUGUAGCCAACCCAACCAGAGUAGAAUUAGAAGAACUUGGUCACCAGCCCGAGGAUUUCAUUCUCCAGUGUACAUUCGAUAAGAGGAAUUGUAAUUACACUGACUUCAAAAUGUUCCAAAACAAAGUGUAUGGAAACUGCUUCACUUUCAACCACGGGAGAGACAAUCAAUCAAUCAUUGAGACCAGCAAGUCGGGAUCAACCUAUGGUCUCCACUUGACGCUUUUCAUCGAGCAGCCGGAAUAUGUCGGAAUAUUCUCGCAAGAAUCUGGAGUUCGAGUAGCCAUCCAUGAUCCCAAUGUGAUCCCUCUACCUGAAGAUGAUGGUAUCACAUCACCUACUGGUACAGCAACCUCCAUUGGCAUCCGUCAGAAUCUAAUCCUUCGACAAGGAGGCAAGUAUGGAAACUGCACCGAGGAUGGAGUCGAAACCCCUUACCAACCCGUCGAAUUCUCCUACUCCACGCUCGGGUGCAAGAGACAGUGUUUACUAGAUGAGAUGUACGACAGAUGCGGCUGUGUCGAUGAUAUCAUAGAAGAUCUCGACCUUGCUAAAUGCAGCUACUUCAAUUCUACACAACAGCGUUGCCGUCAACUGAUCCAAUCACUGAAUGACGAAGGAAAGUUGGAUUGCUACUGUCCCAAUGCAUGCACUGAAAUGAAUUAUCUCACGUCCACGUCCACGUCGCUUUGGCCUUCUGAAAGAUACGAGGAACAUCUGUACACGAGGAUAGCAGCCAAGAAUGAUAUCGCAGCUCGCAUCCUCCAGAGUGUAGAAGCUACAAGGAAAAAUUUGGCGCGUAUUCGUAUCUACUUUGAGGAAUUGAAUUUCCAGUCUGUGGAAGAGAUACCGGCAUAUACGUUCGGAUCCUUCCUCGGUGGUGUUGGGGGUCUCCUCGGUCUGUACAUCGGUUUCUCCGUCGUCACCAUCUCCGAGAUCAUCCUCCUUUUCCUCUUCCUCCUCAAGCAUACUUUCUGCGCGGCCUUCUGCAACACCAAGGUUCAACCAGUACACACCUGAUGACCACACCCUCUUUUUUAAUAUUAAAUGGGCGCAAUGAGAUGAUGGGGGGUGGGGGGGGGGCGGCAAAUGGAGGGAUCCCGGCAGUGAUCCCACAUUUGCUUAUCAGGCUCAUGUGGCAGUUUCCCAUUGCUUUAUUUUGUCAAAGGAAUGUAUAGAGUUAGGGUUAGGGUUUGCAACAGAACAUAGUCAUAGAAAUGGAAUUAAAAGGGUUUAUAGCAGAAAAAUUUCGACCCUGUUUUAAAGUUAGAAUAAUGAUAUUAUUAUUUUAGGUUAGGGUUAGGAUUAGGGUUGGUUUCAAUUCGGACUAGGACUCUGUGAAAAAUCGUGGCUGAGCGACUAGUAUCCAAAAGGGCUGAACCGAUCGCAAAUCUUAGUUGAUUUUCCCCCCAUGAAUAACUUCUUUCAGAACAUCCACAUUGACGAUAAUUGGAGAGAAAUGUACAUAGAAGUUACUACAAAGGUUAUGUUGACACACUUUAAGCAUUAAACACUUUUAGCAUAAAUCAUGUGUAACAUAGGUCUGUAUAGUUUGAUUUUCAAAAUAUAUUUUAUUUAUCUCUCGUCUGUAAAAUAUAUAAAGUUUGAAAUGUUUGAUGUUUAUAUACUUCAGAGAAAAUGUCACUCAUGUUAUGAUACAUUGACAUAUCUAUUAUCUAUCAAACAGAACACAUUUGAUGUAUGACUAGCUAUCGUAUGACCUAAUUCCACAUUUAGUUUGAUUUGCAGUGAUAUUAUGUACUGUGUCUAUAACAAUAUGUAUAGUGUGUCUGUGUCUACAAAAAUAUAUACAUGUAUAUGAAAAAGAUAUAUUGUGCAUCUUGGUAUAAUUUGACAACUGAAUUAAAAAAAAAAAACGCAAUCCUGUUUAGAUUCAUUUUCAUUUCUAUCAGCUCUAUGUAACCGUAGUAUCAAGUAAAUACCUGUAGCAAUUAGUGUGGUAAUCAAAGCAAAAACAAAACACAGUGCUAUAAUUGUAAUGAAUUGGAUUUGUAGAUGAGCAGUUUUAUUUAGGCUAAACAUACUGUACAUGAUCUAACAGACGAAAUUGAAUAACAACCUGAAUGGUGAUAUCCUUUGCCUUUGAUUUUCCAAAGAUUUUCGAUUCAGUAUGUGUACUUUAAAUACAAUAUUGCACAAAUUAAAUCAAACAUUAAAAUAUUCAAAAGUUUUUUGUUAUACCACUCAAUUUAGGCAGAAGAAGUGAUACUAAUAAAAUGAUAAUAAUACACCUUUGUAUAUGUAUAAUGUAAAUCUAAAUAAACCUUGUAUUUAUGUUUGAUUUGAUUUUCCACAUCAGAACAUUAAAUGUUAUAAAAUGGGAUUACAAUAAAAUGUGUGAAUUCAGUUUACGACACAGAAA